CAGAAUGACCUAGCCUCCUAUAUUGCCGGCCCGAAACAUUCCCUAAUAUAUUGCUCUCAUUCUUGAUUUCUCCCCCCACCCCUCUAUAUAUCAUUCAUCUUUCUUCACACGAAUUUCUCCACCAUGCAACCAUAUAUGGAAGAAACAACAGAUAGCCUGGACAACAGUACUCCUAGCUCCGCCUCGACCAUCACGACCACCGCCUCGGCCGAUGUGUCGAGCAUGCACCAUGCAACAGUUGAUGACUUCACCUUCAUUCAGAAGCUUGGGAGUGGUGACAUAGGCACUGUGUAUCUUGUGGAGGUUAAAGGGUCCAAAGGGUGCAUGUUUGCAGCCAAGGUUAUGGACAAAGAGGAGUUGGCAUAUAGGAAUAAAGAGAGUAGGGCAGGAAUAGAGAGGGAAAUACUUGAAAUGUUGGACCAUCCAUUUUUGCCUUCACUCUAUACAAUAUUGGAUUGUCCUAGGUGGUCUUGUUUGUUGACCGAGUUUUGUCCGGGCGGUGACCUUCACAUUCUCCGGCAACGACAGCCUGGAAAAAGGUUUGAUGAAGCUGCGGUCCGAUUUAGGAUUUGGAUAAUCUAUCGUGAUUUGAAGCCUGAGAACAUUUUAAUAAGAUCAGAUGGUCAUAUAAUGUUGACAGAUUUUGAUCUCUCAUUAAAGUGUGAUAACUCAACGUCAACAGCCCAACUUGUUUAUGAUCAUCCCCGAUCUAAAACUUGUCAGUCACACGAUCAAAGAAGGGAUCCAUCAAAUCGAUUCUCAAUGAAAUCAUGCAUUCUACCAAGCUGUGUUGUGCCACGGGAUUCUUUCUUUCGUGGAAGGAAGAAGAGGUCAGGAUACAACGACAACCUAAAGAUAGUAGCAGAGCCCAUUGAUGCCCGAUCAAUGUCCUUCGUAGGGACCCACGAGUACUUGGCCCCAGAAAUCGUGACAGGAGAAGGUCAUGGCAAUGCAGUGGAUUGGUGGACGUUAGGGAUCUUUAUAUACGAACUUCUAUAUGGUAUGACACCAUUUAAGGGGGCCGACAACGAGUUCACCCUAGCUAACAUUGUGGCUCGGGGGCUCGAAUUCCCUAAGGAGCCAGUGGUGACAUCCUCAGCUAAGGAUUUGAUAAGCCAACUCUUGAACAAAGAUCCCACCAAGAGAAUGGGAUCUAUGAUGGGAGCUGCAGCAAUCAAGCACCACACCUUCUUUCAUGGGGUGAAUUGGGCACUUUUGAGAUGUACAAAACCACCAUAUAUUCCCCAGCCCUUCAAUUUUAGGGAUAUUGUUUCAUCUAAUUAUGAUAAAUGUGAUGUCAAUGUAGAAUAUUAUUAGCACAAGUUCUAUACA